GUAGAUGCAGGAUCAUUUGGAGAGGCUGCCCGUUCUUUGCGCACUGUUCUGGAGACGGACAGGAAACCUCGCCGCAGAGUCCGAGAGCCGGCCUUUAGAGCUUUCACUGAAGGAUAAAUGUGCUGAAAAAAAAAAGCACCCGACUUUCCUCCAAGGCACAGUUUUUUGUGUGUUUCCGAAACGCCUGGACUGUUUUGAACCACUUUUUCCACCUCCAUUUCCAUACGAGGAUACCUGCAUCUCUUACUGAUGGAACAGGGUCACUCCAACGCCCUCUUGCAGCCUCCCAACACCACCUAACAUUUCCUGGAAGAACGUGUCCAGUGCAUGCCCCCAAGAAACAUGGACUGUUUUCCCAUGCUUUCUUUCCUGUCGAGACAUCAUGAUUCCUGGUAAUCGAAUGCUGAUGGUCAUUUUAAUAUGCCAAGUCCUGCUGGGAGAGAGCAACCAUGCUAGUCUGAUACCCGAAGAAGGGAAGAAGAAAGUGCCUGGCCUGCAGGGUCGUUCGGCUGCUCAGAGCCAUGAACUGUUGCGGGACUUCGAGGCCACGCUGCUGCACAUGUUCGGCCUCAAGAGGCGGCCGCGGCCCAGCCGCUCGGUCACCGUGCCCCGCUACCUGCUGGACCUCUAUCGGCUGCAGUCGGGGGAGGCCGAGGAGGCCGGAGCCCACGACAUCGACUUCGAGUACCCUGAGAGGUCGGCCAGCCGGGCCAACACUGUAAGGGCCUUCCACCAUGAAGAGCACAUGGAGAGGAUCCAUGAGCUGGGUGAUGGAGAAUCCAUGCCUCUCCGCUUCCUGUUCAACCUCAGCAGCAUUCCAGAGGAUGAGCUGCUUUCCUCUGCAGAGCUAAGACUCUACCGUAGUCAGAUUGCUGAGGCCACUGCGGACGACCAGAGCCUGCACCGCAUAAACAUCUACGAGGUCCUGAAACCUCCACGGCCCGGGCAGCUCAUCACCCAGCUUCUGGACACACGGCUCGUCAGGCACAACGCGUCCCGCUGGGAGAGCUUUGAUGUCAGCCCCGCCAUCCUGCGUUGGACUCACGAGGGCCUCCCUAAUUACGGACUGGCCGUGGAGGUGCUGCACCUCAACCAGACCCCGCGCCACCAGGGCCGACACGUCCGCACCAGCCGCUCGGUCCACCAGGAGCCCGGAGAGGACUGGCAGCAGCUGCGUCCUCUUCUGGUAACUUUUGGUCACGACGGGAAGGGCCACCCGCUGACCCGCCGGACCAAGCGCAGUCCCAAACAGCGGAGCCGCAAAGGCAGGCGCAACUGCCGGCGCCAUGCACUGUAUGUAGACUUCAGUGACGUAAACUGGAAUGACUGGAUUGUGGCACCACCUGGCUACCAGGCAUAUUACUGCCACGGGGAGUGCCCUUUCCCCCUGGCAGAUCAUUUAAACUCCACCAACCAUGCCAUUGUUCAGACACUGGUGAACUCUGUGAAUAACAAUAUUCCCAAGGCCUGCUGCGUACCAACAGAACUCAGCGCCAUCUCCAUGCUCUAUGUGGAUGAACAUGACAAGGUGGUCCUGAGAAACUACCAGGAAAUGGUAGUGGAGGGCUGUGGCUGCCGCUAGCGCACAGAGUUGCAAAAAAAUCUUGGACAAAGAAUGGCGCCUUGAACGAAGCGAUGUGGACACUAGAACGAAUCAGAAGGUCUUUUUUUUUUCUCCCAAAAAUGCUCACUUGGACCCUUAUUUAUAACUCUUAUGAGGUGUAUGUUUGUCUCACAUUUUUGUUUUCUUUGACAAUAUGAUCAUAUAUUUUGACAAAAUAUAUAUAUAUAUAUUUAUAUCUACAUAUUAAAAAUAAAUUGAGUCCUUAUUUUAAACAUAAAGAAAUUGUUUAUCCUUCCAUAAUGUACAUUGAAUUGUAUAAGUUGUCUUUUUUUUUAUUCAGAAAAUAGUAACAAUAGUAAAUACAAAACAAAAAAAAAACACCCAAAAACGUAUUAGUUUAUUUGCUGGUAUUAUUUAUUGCUUUCAUAAUAAAAAGAAUGAAUUGCAUCCUACCACCUGAAGUAAUAUCACAAAAAAGUAACAAAUUCUGCGACACAUUAAAAGUUAUUGAUUGACUUUUAUGAACCAGUUAAAGACCGAAUCAAUCAGUAUGUUCAUCAAAGGCUCCUUAAGGCAUUAAAAUAAGCUUGACAACAAAUAAAAUAAAGCUGAAUACAAAAAAAGGCUCUCAAUCUGUAUUGAUUUUGUGGGAUUAAACUUCAAUUAAUUUAAAGAUAAA